AGAAUCUUUCUUCAUUCUGCUUUAUAUACACACGCGGGUCGGUUUAAUUCUACUAUUAUUGUAAUUCUGCAUAUAAAAGACACACAUGUUUUUACACGGAAGCAGUGAAUGAUAUUUAGUAAGUCUGAAACUAUGCAAGCCUCACAUUAAGCUGCUGGAGAUGUGAAACAUGAUGAACUCACAGAGCGUGACCGCGCCGCGUGCGCGUGCGUCUGCGCAGAUGGACAGCGUGAGCAGCCACAGCGUGUACGUGCUGCAGCAGCUGCAGGAGCAGCGCAUCCAGGGCCUUCUGUGUGACUGUAUGCUGGUGGUGAAGGGCGUCUGCUUCAAAGCACACAAGAACGUGCUCGCGGCCUUCAGCGCGUACUUCAGGUCUCUGUUCCAGAACUCUCCAGCGCAGAAGAGCGAUGUUUUCCACCUGUCCAUCCAGGACGUGGGCGGCAUCGGGCAGGUGUUGGACUACAUGUACACCUCACACCUGGAGCUCAACCAGGACAACGUGCACGCGCUUCUGGAGAUCGGACAGAGCCUGCAGGUGUUGAACAUCCUGAACAUGUGCCAGGCGUUCCUGAAGCCCUGCGUGUCGACCGAGGCGGCUCUCUCUCUGCCCGCUGAGGCGGCUCACUAUCAGGACUGUGUGAUCGGAGGAUCGUUACCGUCAGACACAGAUCUGCACAAGCCUCUGCCUCACGGAUACAAGCUCAGGAACUUCUACACCAGACAGUAUCUGAAGCAGAGCUGCAGCUUCCCAUCGGAGGAGCCACUCCAGAGCAGUGUUCCUGCGGCAGACUCCGCCCACCCGUGCAGCACAGACUCCGCCCACCCGUGCAGCACAGACCCCGCCCACCCGUGCAGCUCAGUCCCCGCCCCCCCAUGUAGCUCAGACUCCGCCCACCCAUGCAGCUCAGUCCCCGCCCACCCGUGCAGCACCGACUCCGCCCACCCGUGUGGCUCUGACUCCGCCCACCUGCACGUCCUUCAGCCAAAGAAAACUGUUUACCUGAAGAAGUUCAACUACCUGCGCUCACACAUCAGUGCAGAGGAUGAGGGGGUGGAGCACGGUGACCCACGGGAGACCACUCCCACUCGCCCCGUCCACACCUCUGACCUCUCCGUGACCUCUGACCCUGCAGAAGUGUCCGAGCUGAAAACAACACCUACGGCGGAGCCUGAUGUCCUGAGAGGUCAGGUUGAGAGGUCGGAGGUCAGCAGCGCGAACAAAUACUGCUGUGAGGUUUGUGGAAAGACGUUCAAACAUCCCAGCAACCUAGAGCUGCACAAGCGCUCACACACAGGUGAGAAGCCGUUCCAGUGUAACGUGUGUGGGAAAGGAUUCUCACAGGCAGGAAACCUGCAGACUCAUCUGCGCAGACAUUCAGGAGAGAAGCCGUACAUCUGUGAGCUCUGUGGGAAGAGCUUCGCAGCGUCCGGAGACGUCCAGCGGCACAUCAUCAUCCACUCGGGAGCGCGGCCGCACCUGUGUGACAUCUGUGGACGAGGCUUCAGCAACUUCAGCAACCUGAAGGAGCACAAGAAGACGCACAGCACGGAGGAAGAGUUCACCUGCGAGCAGUGCGGGAAAUCCUUCAACAUGCAGAGGAAGCUGUUCAAACACAAGCUGAGACACAGCGGAGACAAACCGUACAGCUGCCAGACCUGCGGGAAGUGUUUCGCGGGGUCAGGUGAUCUUCAGCGUCACGUGCGCUCUCACACAGGUGAGCGACCCUACACCUGUGACACCUGCGGCAAGAGCUUCACACGCACCGCGGUCCUGCGCAGACACCGCAGCUCUCACUGCAGCCGCGCAGACGCAGACGCCUCCUCCCCGGCUGCGCCGCUCACCAGCGCCCCCUGCAGGAGCGGAGAGGACCUGAGCAGCGGAGCGCUGUGGGGACGAGCCAUGAAGACACUGCAGAACCACACCGACACCGAGCACUGAACUUCCUGUCAUGUGACCCGCCUCAAACUCUCCAUUAAACGCUAUUUAUGAAUGCA